AUGGCCUGAGCUAUUCUGUGGAAAAUAAUGACAAAUGGAGUGGGAGACAGCUACUGCAAGCAAAUGAGGAGAACAUGACUGACGUCCCAGAGGAUGGAGGGCAGCCGUAUGUCAGAAAUUGCACUGAACCAGCUCUCCACGAAUUCCCCAAUGACAUCUUUACAAACGAGGACAGGAGGCAUGGAGCCGUCAUCCUACAUGUCCUUUGUGCCAUGUAUAUGUUUUAUGCUUUGGCAAUCGUCUGUGAUGAUUUCUUUGUCCCUUCAUUGGAAAAGAUUUGUGAACGCUUGCAUCUUAGCGAAGAUGUGGCUGGGGCAACUUUCAUGGCAGCUGGAAGCUCUGCUCCUGAGUUGUUUACAUCUGUCAUAGGUGUUUUUAUCACAAAAGGAGACGUAGGCGUUGGAACCAUCGUGGGCUCUGCUGUAUUUAACAUUCUCUGUAUUAUUGGUGUGUGUGGGCUUUUUGCAGGACAGGUCGUUGCGCUGUCGUCAUGGAGUCUCUUGAGAGAUUCAAUCUACUACACGCUAUCCGUUGUUGCACUCAUUGUGUUUAUUUAUGAUGAAAAAGUUUCUUGGUGGGAAUCCUUAGUCUUAGUGCUGAUGUACGCCAUCUACAUCGUUAUCAUGAAGUACAACUCUACCAUACAUCACUGCUUCGAAAGGAAGACAAAAAGCGCUGCAAAUAUGGUGAACGGAUUAGCAAGCAACACAGAAAUGGAUGAUAACAGCAACUGUGACGCCACAGUGGUAUUACUAAAGAAAGGUAACUGUUCCAGGAAUUUCCACCGCAAAGCCUCGGUGAUCAUGGUGGAUGAGCUGCUGUCUGCCUACCCACAUCAGCUUUCAUUUUCUGAGGCUGGGCUCCGAAUCAUGAUAACCAGCCACUUUCCUCCCAAAACUCGUCUCUCUAUGGCCAGUCGCAUGUUGAUCAAUGAGAGACAAAGGCUGAUCAACAGCAGGGCUUACACCAAUGGUGAGUCAGAAGUAGCAAUCAAAAUACCUAUCAAGCAUGUUGUUGAGAACGGAACAGGCCCAAGCAACUCCUCCGAGCGGGGUGUGAAUGGCACACGGCGAGACGAAGACAUGGCUGAGGCCGGGAAUGAGACAGAGAACGAGAAUGAGGAUAAUGAGAACAACGAAAACGAUGAGGAAGAGGAAGAAGGAGAUGAUGAUGAUGACCAUGAAGGGCCAUACACACCUUUUGACCUACCCAAUGGCAAGACUGAAAUCUUGAAGUGGCUCUUUACGUGGCCGUUGAGUUUUGUCCUGUACUUCACAGUGCCCAACUGUAACAAACCCCACUUGGAAAAAUGGUUCAUGGUUACCUUUGCUUCUUCUACCCUCUGGAUUGCAGCUUUCUCUUACAUGAUGGUGUGGAUGGUUACAAUCAUUGGCUACACACUGGGUAUUCCAGAUGUGAUCAUGGGCAUCACUUUCUUGGCAGCUGGAACCAGCGUGCCAGACUGCAUGGCCAGCCUUAUCGUAGCAAGGCAAGGUAUGGGGGAUAUGGCUGUGUCCAACUCCAUCGGAAGCAACGUUUUUGAUAUUUUAAUUGGCCUAGGCCUCCCGUGGGCUUUGCAGACCCUGGCAGUGAAUUAUGGUUCAUACAUUCGGUUAAACAGCAGAGGACUUAUCUAUUCUGUUGGUCUCCUGCUGGCAUCUGUUUUUGUCACAGUUUUUGGUGUCCACAUGAACAAAUGGAAACUGGAUAAGAAGCUAGGGUGUGUGUGCCUUUCCCUCUAUGGCAUCUUCCUGUGUUUCUCCAUCAUGACAGAAUUCAAUGUUUUCACUUUUGUGAACUUGCCGAUGUGCAGAGAUCACUAAUGCAGGUGGCAGACUGUCGGGAGGAACUUCCCUCUUACCUGUGCAAUACAAACCACGGCUGGCAUCUCCUGAACACGGUGCACCUCCAAGUCGUGAAGUAUAUCCUGUUCACUGUUCAUAGGACCCUUGGCCCCAUCUCGGUUUACCCUCUCCCUGACCCCCACAACCUGGAAAAAUCCUGCAUCGAUGUGAAGAUUAUUAUUUUUUUCAGCAUUCAUGUGAUUUCCUAGCUCAGUUUUUGAACAGUGACUGGGACUCUAGAUGAACUGGCUGCUAACUGGCAUCAAGCCAGGCAAAACUGGUCUGCUACAAUUCCUUCUUUUUUAAGUUAUUUGACGGAAGACUAAUCUAAUUUAUGACUUAAGACUAUUGCUAGAACACAGAAGAGGGUACAUCAUAUGGAGGCUUGUUUUCAAGGAGAAUCGUGGGAAUUUUUUUGGUUGUUUUGGGUUUUUUUUUUUUUUCUUUUUCGGUUGAGAUUUUUAUCGUCAACGAUCAAUGGCCUCUCUUGCAGCUUCUCCUUCUGAGCGCUGGGUUUCCUGUAAUGAUCGGAAGGUCACAGGGCAGUCUAUGACAGGAAUUCAAUUCAAGGUACUCGGCAUGCGAGUGGAUUUACUGCUUAUGAGAAGAAUAUUGGCAAGGCAACAGACAGUGACUUUUCACUAAACAGAACGAAUCGCGUACAGGUGUGAUGAGGAAUGCAAGGUGAACAUGGAUGAAAAGGGUAAACACUGCUACCAUUUUCAUUAUUAAUGCUGGAGUUUCAUUGCUAGGGUGUUGAUGGUAUUUCCAAGCAAUAGUUUGAGUGCCAGCCCAGGAGGGCUACCAAGGAGGUGUCCUGGUUUCUAAUGAUCCACGCCUGGAAAUGGAAGGUCAGAACCUUCUUUGCAUCAUCAGAUUUCCUUUAGUUUUGGGGGGAUUCAAUAGUUCGCAUCUUAUUUGUUCUGAGAAAGACAUAAAUACGUGUCAAAACUUUUCUAAAUGAGUUACAGACACUGGUUUCUUUAAAAGGAAAGAGGCAUAUUUUGCACAGACAUAAUUACUGAAGUCAUAAUUUGCCACUCUUUAAAGAAUACACUGGACCUGGCCAGAUAUUUUUCUUUUUCUUAAACAGUUGAACUUACCUGAUAAUAGUUCAUGUGGAUUCAUCACCCCUCCUGCAGGAGGGCUGAAGACAGAGAGAGACAGACCGAUGGCACUUUCAAAAUGUGGAAUAUCUUUAACGCAGACUUGCUCACAGAUCUAAGUUAUUGUGAAAAUUUAGCUAUUCAUUGUUCCAAUAUCCCUGCUAGGUUUUGUAUAAUGCUGUAUUAUUAUGCAGGCAGUUUCCACCCCAUGAGAAGCACCAUCACUGCUACAUUUGUAUGUAUUGAUGCUGUGGAUUCUUGCCAGUGCUGGCUGUUGUAUUUACUUUAAGCACUGAUCACUUCUGAUUCAUUUGGUAUGUUUUUUCCUCUUUCUUGUAUAUGUUCUACUGCAAAGUGUAAUAAGAUACUACCAGAUAGGUGAAUGUUUUUGUCUAUGGUACAAACAGUGGCAAAUAUUGGUAGUCAAGGCACAGCAAACCCUAGGUAAAAAGAAACAAAAAAAACCUUAAACUAAACUGUAGCAGGGAAAAAAAAAAACUCCA